UGAUGACAAGGAUGGCCGCUCGAUCAACGACACACAUACGCAGUCUCCAAGGAUGGAGCGCUGAGGGAGUGGAAAACGAUCAAGAUGGGUAGGCAUCCCCGUUGGGAAGACGAAGGCGAUUAUGAUGGAGGGGGGGAAGGAGGAGAAGAGGUGACAGCCAUGGAGGUAGACGGGAAGGAUGGUAAGGAGGAGGAGGAGGAGGAGGACGACAAUGAAGACGACGAAGAAGAGGUGGACGAGGAUGGGGAGGGGAGGGAGGGGGAAGUCUCCAGGGAUGGAGCGUUGAGGGAGUGGAAGACGAUCAAGAUGGUUAGGCAUCCCUGCUGGGAAGACGAAGGCGAUUAUGAUGGAGGGGGGAAAGGAGGAGAAGAGGCCACUGCCAUGGAGGUAGAAGGGAAGGAUGGUAAGGAGGAGGAGGAGGAGGAGGAGGAUGACGACAGGGAGGGCGAUAAAGAAGAGGCGGACGAGGAUGGGGAGGAGAGGGAGGAGGAGGAGGAGGAGAGUAGGAGGGAGGAGGAGGAGAGGGAGGAGGAGGAGGAUGGCGAGGAGGAGGACGAAGAGGAGGAGGAGGAGGACGGGGAGGAGGAGGAGGAUGGGAGGAGGAGGAGGAGGACGAUGAAGAAGAGAUGGGCGAGGACGGGGAGGAGAGGAAGGAGGAGUGGGAGAGUGGGAGGAAGGAGGUGGAGGCCAACGAUAGGGCCGCCGCCGCGGCCAAGGAACGUAAUCGGCUCGAACAAGAGGAGGGAGGCCAAGCGACAGAAGGAGGAACAGGACCGACUUCGUCAAGAAGAGGCAGUCCUGCAGGCGGCAGCCGAACACCGGUCACGCCAGCGGGAACGACUGUUCACGCGGGAGACCGUGAUCGGCGAUGAGGCCGCACAUUGGGUGGAAGUGACAUCUGCAGACGGGGCCCCGGAGAUUGAGAAAGGGGUGUCAGCCCUUGCGCAGGUCUCCCACGACCUCGUGGUCACCUGCGCUCUGCAGCAGGAGGAAAUCCUUCACCUGCAGCAGACAGUGGACCAGAUGCUCGCACGGCUGCAGGCGUUGGAGAAACAGCCAGCUGUUGUAGCAGCCGCAGGGCCUUCCACCCUUACCACCCGUGUGCAAGUUUUGGAGGAUGACGUCAGCAACAUCAAGCGUGUGCAUCAGGACUUCCGGAUGUCGCAGCAAGCAACGAACUUGCAGUUGGAGACGCACGUCCAGGCUGCUGCGACCGUGACGCCUGCCGCCGCAUCCUCCCGGCGCCCACCCAAGCUGGAUGACAUUCCCGUUUUCUGCGAUCAGUCCAAGACGGAACCGAUCCCGUGGUGGCGCCAGUUUACUCUCAGGCUCGACAUGCACCAUGUCCCGAACAACGAUCGACAUCCUUGCUUGUACCACCGAUCUGGUGGUGCGUGUCAAGCAUUUUUGGACAACAUCUUGACCAGCCACGGCGUAGCAGUGUCGGAACUGCACACCAAGCUCACUUGGCAGGAGUUGACCGACGCCUGGCACAAGCGAUUCCAAGUGGAGCCGCCCGACCUGCAAGCGAUGGACAAGCUCAACAAGCUCCAUCAGAACACGCUGCUCAGUCAGGACUGGAUUACCGAGUUCCAAAGACUCGCCUCCACACCUGACCUGCCGCUCGCAUUCCGCGCCAUCAAGCACUUGGUUUAUCAUGCGCUCGAGCUGCAGCUGCAGCCCCUGCCUCCCUGCGGCAUUAUUGGCAAGAGCACGAGCAGUUGCUGCAGCUGCAGCCCCUGCCUCCCUUCGGCAUUAUUGGCAAGAGCACGACCAGGAGCUGCAAUUGCAGCCCCUGCCUCCCUUCGGCAUUAUUGGCAAGAGCACGACCAGGAGCUGCAAUUGCAGCCCCUGCCUCCCUUCGGCAUUAUUGGCAAGAGCAGCCUCCUGGACUGCUCGCCAAAGGAAUGGAAGAAGCGCUUCAUAGUGGAUGACGCACCCGCGCUCGCCAUCAACCACAUCUUCGCGAUGGCUCAAGGGAGCACACCGACACGUGACUGGCUCACGGAUUGGCAGAAGAUCGUGGCCACGCCCGAUCUGGACUUGCCAUUUCCGCAUCUACGCCGUGAGUUCCACAACAGGUCAUGCGCCGCUCGCAGCCUCGCAGUGGGUGAUCACGAGCAGUACAACACUUUCGCAGAGAUCAUCAACAAGGCGAGAGAGAUCAUCAAGACCAAUAGGGCGGCCGCACACGAAAAGUCAACGUGGCAGCCAACCUAUGUGAAGAAGACUGGACGAUUGUCGGAACCGCAUUGCAAUGUGCUCAUGGCACAACUGCGAGAUUACUUGCACACUGCAGUACCAGCUCCGUUGAUGGACGCCGGAGUAGAGGUUGUCGACCUUCACACUUACAUUGCGAAGAUCGACCGCGAGUUCAAGACGCAAUGGUACGACGACAUCGACGCACCAUUGCUAUAUGUACGCAUUCAGAUCGGAGAGGCAACCUGCAACGCCUUGAUCGAUUGCGGAGCAUCUCGUGGCCCACGUGUCCGGAGGAAGUCCCAGCCUACGCAAGUCACUUUGGCAGACGGUCAUACGCACAAGUCCAUCGACCGGUGCAUUGACGCCGUCCCAGUGUACUUUGCCCCUCACGCAAGUGAGGCGGUGUCCUUUGACAUUCUGGACACCAAAUUCGACAUGAUCUUGGGCAUGUCAUGGCUGCGAAGCAAGGAUCACCCGGUGAACUUCUUCAACCGCACCGUUCACACCCGCGGUGGGACGAGUACUAGCUCCUAUACCCCGGAGCAGCAAGAGAAGAUGGCCGCCAUAGUGAGAGAAAAUAGAGAGAGGAAGGAGCUCCUGAAGCAAGCGAAGUUGAAGGCUAUCGCAGAGGAUAAGGCGGCAAAGAUGAAGGAGUUGGAGGAGGAGAUGGAGAAGAAGAAGAAGGCUGCUGAAGAAGAAGCGGCAGCAGAAGCAGAGGAGGAGAGAAAACGAAAGGGAAAGGAAGCAGAGAGCAGUGGCGCGAUGAAAGAAGAAGUAGAGAUGGAGAAAAAAAUAAGUGAGUGGAUUGCAAAUUUAUCGUUGGGGGAAGAUGAGGAGGCAGAGUUCUAUGUCCCAAAGUACGAGAAGGAUGCGCUAUGGAGGAGUGUCAGGGCACUCAAGGGGACCAUGGACGACUUGGUAGCUGUCCCGGACCAUGGAGUCACUGAGACCCAGUUGGUCCAGUUGUUUUAUCGUGCCAUGCUAGAGGCCCUGCGUGGGCAUUUCUUUGACAAGUCUCAACAGGCCGGCAUCACAUACGAUGCAUUAAGUAGAGAAGUCGUCCUGUAUGAGUCGAAGUCCAUCCCAGUUACCACCUUCUGGCACAAGGACUUAGAAAAGGGAAAAAGGUGGAAAGGACGUACCAUCUCUGGCCAAGUCAAGGCCAAGGAUCACAUGAUCCUGACGUUAGAGGAAGGUGGUACUGAUGAGGUCCCAUACAGUCAGAUAGAGUGGGGCCUAGAGGAAGAGGACAAUAGUAUGGGACAGGGGAGGUCUUAUGCUGCUCUCGCGGCUGGAGGGAGGCCGCAAGGUAGAGGAGGAGGCCAGGGCCAAAGGGGUCAGGCCAUGAGAGGUCGAGGACCGGGCGCUCAGGGGGUUGGCGGCCAAGGAAACCGUCAAGCGGGAGGUGUGGCAGAAGAGUUGAAGGAGAGGAUGCCAGUCUGGGCCAAGAUGAAGAAAGAGAGUAAGGGGCAACUGAUCUUGGUAGUUGUAGAGGUGUUUAGAAGCAGAGUAGGGGCCCUUAUAGACUCAGGGGCCACCCGUAGUUAUAUUGGCCGUAGGGCGCUGAAGAAGCUGAGGCUAGGACUAAAAGUCCAGAAGUUAGUAGACCCCAUAGUCAGUGUCCUCGCAGACAACCGCACAAUGGGAGUUGAGGACUACGUAGAGGGAGUCCAGGCGUACUUUCGCCUAGAGAAAGAUGGGAAGGUGGAGAAAGUUCUCCAUUCCCUGACUCUCCUCGUACAAGACAACCUUCCUUUUGAUGUUGUGUUAGGAAUGGAUUGGGGAGAGGCAGCAGGGGCCACACUCCAUUUGAGAGAGCAUGGGUCCCUAGUCCGUCAGAUUGCAAUUGGAGAAGGUGGAAUGGUGAUGCGCAUGCCGGGCAAUGUGAAGGAGCCUUCGAAAGAUGAGCCUGCCAUCACCGACAUCCUUCAGCUAUGUCCGACAGCACCCUAUGAGGUGUUGUGGGUUGCCUGGGUCAUUGAAGCAGACAUGCAGACCCUUCAGAUAAAGUGUGGUCCUGAGAAAAUACAGUACUUGGUGGAGUAUCAGGAUCUGCACGAGGAGCCUACCGGCGUCAUAGAGAGGAAAGUGAAACAUCUGAUUGACUCCAAUCCCGAUGCAUUGCCUCUGAAGGAAAGAAUCCACAGAAUAUCACCUGAGCUCAAGAAGCAGGUUGUUGCGUUCACAGAGAAAGGUUGGAUCACACCCAGCAGCUCUCCAUACGGUGCUCCAGGUCUCUUGUCACUGCGAAAGAUGGUGGAGCCAGAAUGUGCAUUGAUUACCACGGUCGCUAUGGUUGCCAGGUUAAGAUUAUUGGGUGAUUACCACCAUUCGACGCGGAUAGCAUUUGUGGAGUUUGUGAUGGCGGAGAGCGCAAUGGCUGCCCUGAACUGUAGUGGAGCAAUCUUGGGCUCAUUGCCUAUCAGGGUGAGCCCAUCAAAGACACCAGUUAGGCCUCGCUCUCCUCGCCAACAGAUGCAUUGAGGUGUAUGAGCAUUUCAGAGGCUUAUGAUUGUGCUCAGGCUUUUGGUCUUGUGGUUGCCAUAUGAUGGCAUUCCUUGUUGUUCUGCACCAUGCAUCCUAGUGUGUGCCCUCUGCUGCUAUUCGUAACACGGUGUAGUAGUCUUUGUGAGACAUGAGCUGCAUCAGGGCAAGUGUAUUGGAGUGGAAUGCUCCGGAUAUCUGAGUAAAUAUUUGUGGAUGUAGCUGGUUGACCUGUAUAGGGUAGAACAUUUACAUCAUUUGGUAGGUGCACUCCCUCACUCUGUCUGCUGCCGCUCUCUCCCUUUGUCUACCUCUUGCUAAUCCUGGGGUUACUGGCUCACCUGCGCUCUCCCACGUGUGGCCACUUCGGCAACACGUGUUGUUGCCUGUGACAGCAUUGUAUGAAUGCAUAUCCAUGCAUUUGAUGGUGUAGCAUCGCCUGUCUUCUGCACCUAUCUUUUUUGGUCGUCCUUGGUAUCAUCCCAAUUUCCCAUGCAAAUUUGUAAUAGAUGGCAACAUGGAAACAGGACAAGGGAGGAUAUAGAUCCGUAAGCGAAUGAUAAGCGUGGUGAUAGCAUCGGGGAGUCUUUUGGGCACGGAAUAGUAGUGAAUGGAACACUAGUCGCGUCACAACAUCACAAUUUAAGCACAGAGUGAAAUGGGAGUUUGAAACCAUUCCUGCAGACGUGGCUGUACACAAUAUCUUGCGAGGAGCUGCAGUGUAGGCAAGGACUGUGGUGGGCAUGUGUGUUCCUCUUUCUGGCAGGCUAUAUACCCAUCUGUGCUGGGGCUAGGCAUGGGCUGUGGGAAGACCCGGUAUAGUGUGUUGCGCAGUGAGCUAUUCAGAUGUCAUUUUCUCUACCUAACACGCGAAGGGUAUAGUGUGUUGCGCAGUGAGCUGUUCCUCUCUGUGGCAGGUUAUGUACCCGGCUCUUGAGGUGUGUACUGGUCCUGCUUAGCCCUUGUUUUUUUCUCAUGUGUGGAUGCAUGGAGCUUGCAAAUGCGGUCGUGCAAUGUGACAUGGUUGAGGAGAGAGGCAUCUGCUGGAGUCCUGUGCCUUGGCUUUAGACAUGUAACCGUUAGUGUGUUCUAGCUGUCGCUGGAAGAGGAGGGUUCAAGCUGCAAUUUAGGGAUAUUUUCCAUGUGAAAGAGUGGCUUUAUGAAUGCGACCCGGCAGCAGUGAUAAGUCGGGCCACUCGACCUGUCCUGAGAUGAGGCAAUGGAGACAGUGCAAGUGCGGUCACUCGGAAAAGAGAAAUGAUGGCGCUGGUGCCUCCGUGGAAGUGCACCCUUGUCAGGUGCCAGAGGAUGUUUUCCACAGAAGUGGCACCUAGUGGUCACACGGUGCGAAGAUCUCAGGAAUGAGGGGGAUCAAUCAGAUAUCUGAGCCAUCUGUAUGCGACUGCCAACGAAAUGGAAUGGAGUGGAAGAUCUGUUUGUCACUUGCAGAAGGCCUGUAUCCAAUUGGCAACGAAAAAUGUGGCUGAUGCUGCAGCAAAUUGUCCUCUAGAGAUGACAAACGGUGACUGAUGCAGCAACAGCAAACUGGGAUUCACCUCAAGUCAGGUCUGGUCCACAUCAGGGCACGAUUGUUGGAAGUGGGUUGUCGAGAAAUAUUUUGAGAAUAACAAAUGACGAGGUGGAAAUGAGCAGAAUUGGUUGCAUAUGCUAUGGAGGGUUAUUUGCCACCUCAUUCUCUUGGCAGUGGUGUUCAUUGCAGUUGUGUCCUUUCUCCAUCCUCUUGGAGUUGUCGGGACACUCGUUUGCCACCCUUUGUCAUUCACUUUCGGGAGGACCACUCCUUGUUUGGAAAAUAAAAGAGAGAUUGUCAACCUAUGUUGAAGCUGCAAAUUC